AUGGUACCAAAGCCAGUCGCCGCCAGGGGAGCUAAGAAAAUCGCCAAGACCGCGAAGAAGCCAUCCGCCAAGACCAAUAAGGAUGGAAAGAAGAGAAAGGUCCCAAAGCACAGCUCCUUCAACAUCUACAUCUACCGUGUUCUCAAGCAAGUUCACCCAGAAACCGGAGUUUCCUCCAAGGCCAUGUCCAUCAUGAACUCAUUCGUCAAUGACGUCUUCGAACGCAUUGCUGCUGAGGCUUCCCGUCUCGCUCACUACAACAAGCGCUCAACCAUCUCGUCCCGCGAAAUUCAGACGGCUGUCCGUUUGAUCCUUCCAGGAGAGCUCGCCAAGCACGCCGUGUCCGAGGGAACCAAAGCAGUCACCAAGUACACUUCCAGCAAGUAA